GAUUUAGGCCCGGAAGAUCCGAGUCCAUCCGCGGCGGGGAGAGGGCGAGCUGGGCCGGCACGGGCCGGAGCAGGGGCGGCGGCGCUCGAACUGUCCCAUCCGCCCCGUAUUGAGGCGCUGGGAGCGGUGGAGCGGCCGGAAAGCUAUGGUGAAAGCGGGGCCGUGAGGGGGGCGGAGCCGGAGCCGGACCCGCAGUAGCGGCAGCAGCGGCGCCGCCUCCGGAGCUCAGACCCAGGAAGCGGCCGGGAGGGCAGGGGCGAGCGGGCCGCCGCCAUGGAGCUGAGAGUCGGGAACAGGUACCGGCUGGGCCGGAAGAUCGGCAGCGGCUCCUUCGGAGACAUCUAUCUCGGUACGGACAUUGCCGCAGGAGAAGAAGUCGCCAUCAAGCUGGAAUGUGUCAAAACCAAGCACCCUCAGCUCCACAUUGAGAGCAAAAUCUACAAAAUGAUGCAGGGAGGAGUGGGCAUCCCCACCAUCAGGUGGUGCGGGGCGGAGGGCGAUUACAACGUCAUGGUGAUGGAGCUGCUGGGGCCCAGCCUGGAGGACCUCUUCAACUUCUGCUCCAGGAAGUUCAGCCUCAAGACUGUCCUGCUGCUUGCUGACCAGAUGAUCAGCCGCAUUGAGUACAUCCAUUCGAAGAACUUCAUCCACCGAGAUGUGAAGCCAGACAACUUCCUCAUGGGGCUGGGGAAGAAAGGCAACCUGGUCUACAUCAUCGACUUUGGGCUGGCCAAGAAGUACCGGGACGCAAGGACGCACCAGCACAUCCCCUACCGUGAGAACAAGAACCUCACAGGGACCGCGCGGUACGCCUCCAUCAACACGCACCUCGGAAUUGAGCAAUCUCGAAGGGAUGACUUGGAGUCCCUGGGCUACGUGCUCAUGUACUUCAACUUGGGCUCUCUGCCCUGGCAGGGGCUGAAGGCUGCCACCAAGAGACAGAAGUACGAACGGAUCAGCGAGAAGAAGAUGUCCACCCCCAUCGAAGUGCUGUGCAAAGGCUACCCCUCUGAAUUCGCCACGUACCUGAAUUUCUGCCGUUCCCUGCGCUUUGACGACAAGCCCGACUACUCGUACCUGAGACAGCUCUUCCGAAACCUGUUCCAUCGCCAGGGCUUCUCCUACGACUACGUGUUCGACUGGAACAUGCUCAAAUUUGGUGCCAGCCGGGCUGCCGACGACGCUGAGCGGGAACGCCGGGACCGAGAAGAGCGGCUGAGACACUCCCGGAACCCAGCCACCCGUGGCCUGCCUUCCACAGCCUCUGGCCGCCUGCGGGGAACCCAAGAAGUGGCUCCCCCAACGCCCCUCACCCCUACCUCACACACGGCCAACACCUCUCCACGGCCUGUCUCUGGCAUGGAACGAGAGCGGAAAGUGAGUAUGCGGCUGCACCGCGGGGCGCCAGUCAACAUCUCCUCGUCCGACCUCACGGGCCGGCAAGAUACCUCUCGCAUGUCCACCUCACAGAAUAGCAUUCCUUUCGAACACCACGGCAAGUAGCUGCUCGGCCCAUCGGAAGGCGGCACUGGAUUCCCGGUCGGGUGGCGUCCAGUGGUCUUCAGUCUGUCGUGCACCGAUGAGAACGCUCCUUUUUGCUGUGAAGGGCAGACAAUGCAUGGCUGAUCUACUCUGUUACCAAUGGCUUUCCUAGUGACACGCCCCCCGGUCUAGACCGAUGUUCACACCGGGAGCUCUGCAGGCCACUCACCCAGCGACGCUUGUGGGGGACCCAAACAGACUAAGCGGACAGACUCCAAGGGCUGCCCUCGCCAGGGCCGCACCGAGACCCCACGUGGACCCAGUUAAAACGGGCUGGGAAGAAGGCCGCGUGUGCGAGGCGAUGGCGAGAUCAGACCGUCUCCAGAGCUGCUCAGCCUCCGGUGGCGGUGAGCCUGUGCCCCGGCGCUCCCACUGUAACCACGUCUUCUACUUGGUUAAGACAGUUUUGUAUCAUUUUGCUAAAAAUUAUUGGCUUAAAUCUGUGUAAAGAAACCUGUCUUUUUAUUGUUUGUUUCUUGUCUGUUUUUGCGGUCUUCAAAAGGUGUUGACUUUAAAGAACCCUGAAACAAAGACGCUGGCUUGGAUUUUCUGUGCAGAGUGGAGCCAGGCAGGAAGGGGCGCACGUGGCUUUGGAGGGCGUCUGUCUGGUCUGUCUCUGUUCUGUCGUGUCGUGUUGUCCACUUGGAGGAGGAGCGUUCCAUCAGCAGUCCCGCUGUGUGCGUGUGCGUGUGCCCUGGUGUCUUCUCCGGCAGCGGUUGGCAGUGCGGUGUGGGGAGAGCUGCGAGGCAGGGGUGUGGCACCAGUGAUUCCUGCUCCCCGGGCGAGGAUGGAGAGCCCAGAGGCGUGGGGUCACGGAUGGUGGUUUUGAUGGUGUCUGUGGAACUUGGGAAGUUUUUUAAACAGACUGUAAACAUUACCAUGCAGGUGGGCACUUGAUGUGUUCCUGCUCUGGGCGCCUCUCCUGGAUGCCGGGGCUUGCCCAGAGGCCGGCGGGCUGGAGGGCCUCCACCCUGAAGUGCCAAGAAGCAGGUGACUGCCCACCUGAGUCUCCGGGAAGGCCUGGUGCCCUGUGCUUCGUGACCAGCACAGAAGAGUGGUGGCACGAAGCCUCACCCAAGGAAGCCACCUCUGCGCGGCCCUUCCCUGCGGGGCUCCUGGUGCCGGCUGCUGAGGGUCGGGGUGCACGGUGUCCUGUGUCGCUGCGCGGAAGCGGCUGCUGGGCGCUCCGUGGAAGCUGGGACCUGCUUUUCCCUCCCUUCCCCAGAGCCCCCAGCCUGGAGCACCAGCCUGGAUGCUUGUGUGUUCCCGAUCCAGCGCUGGCUACUUUGUGAGCAUUUUGGGGUGCGGGCAGGGCCGGUGGGGAUGCGUGUCCGGGUGAGCACAGGGUGGGUGGGGCGGGCGCUGUUGGCUCCCCCCACCCGCCUCCAGGGCUGGCCAUCUCUGGGGGCACCCCCUGCUGUCCGCCCCACCUGGAACCGCUGGCCUGUGUCGGGAGUGGACUCUGCUCCCAGCCCUCGGGCGGGGUGUGUGUGCGCGUGCGCUGGUUCUCCAUGUGACUUGCAGGAAGCUUAGUUAGGAUGUCUGUCGGCUGUGUGUUGGUGACAGUCUCUGAGCUGUGUGUUUUACUACACUGUAUUUGUGUACUUUAACAACUGUGUAAAUAAUAAAUUCAUAAUGACUUCUACCUUUC